AUGGCAACAGAAAAUGUUAUUCUACUUGACAACUUUGAAGGUGUCAACGUGCUUACCGAUCAAGUACCGACACCUCCGGUUGGAGAAGGAGAAAACGCUCCUACCCAGAUUCAAAUGGCCGCGUUCCAACGAUCGGUCGAUAAUUGGAACGUUAAUGAAUAUAAUUGUCGAAAUUAUAUUCUUAAUGGCCUGGACGAUAGUCUAUAUGACAUCUACCCAUCCUUUAAUUCGGCAAGGGAAAUCUGGGAGUCAUUGGAGUCGAAAUACAAAACAGAAGUCGCCUGUUCAAAGCGAUUUAUUGUGGACAGAUUUCUGAAUUUCAAAAUGAACGACUCCAAAUCAGCCGUGAAGCAAGUAGAAGAACUCCAAGUCUUGGUCCACGAAUUAGAAAUCGAAGGUAUGGGAAUAAACUCUAAUUUCCUUGUUGGUUCUAUAAUUGAUAAGCUUCCUCCAUCCUGGAAGAAUUUUAAACUAUAUCUUAAACAUUUGUCUGAGGAUAUGAGUUUUGAGCAACUCAUACUCAAACUCCGGGUGGAGGAGGACAAUCGGAUGAACGAGAAGGCGGAUGCAAUCUCGUUGGAACCAACAAAAAACAUGGUGACCAGCAGCUCAUUUAAGCCAAAAUUUCAAAGAGGCAAAGGCAAGGCUACGGGCACGGGUACGGGUACGGGUGGUAAGCAUCAUACCAAUGCUUCAAUUACAUCAUCCAUUCAACGAAAGCCUUUCAAGAAAAAGCCUUUAAGCUGCUGGGUAUGCGGUAAACCCGGCGAGACCAUGGUGGUCCCGGUGGAGGAGGCAACGGUGGAGGGGGUGCCAGAGGAAACCCACAUCAAGACAAUGUUGUCAAUUCUCCAAACCAAUUCGUUGGAGUAA